AUUUGCUUUGUUCUGUUCUGCUUUGAGUUAUCAAAUGGUUGUGUCGUUUUAAAACGCUUUCAGGGAGUGUGACAUAGGGGUUUGUUAUUCCUCUGCAGAGAUUUAUAAACUCAUAAAGAUGAUGAACUCAAGUGGUGAUGAGGAGAAGCAGGAGAGGAAGCUUGGGAAUGGAGUUGUGGGGAUUCUAGCUGAAUCAGUGAACAAAUGGGAAAGAAGAACGCCGUUGACGCCGUCUCACUGCGCUCGUCUAUUACACGGUGGCAAAGACAGAACAGGCGUUUCCCGUAUUGUGGUUCAACCAUCUGCAAAGCGUAUCCAUCAUGAUGCCUUGUACGAAGAUGUCGGAUGUGAAAUCUCUGAUGACUUGUCUGAUUGUGGACUUAUACUCGGAAUCAAACAACCUGAGCUAGAUAUGAUUCUUCCGGAGAGAGCAUAUGCUUUCUUUUCUCACACUCACAAGGCACAGGAAGAAAACAUGCCUUUGUUGGAUAAAAUAUUGUCUGACAGAGUGACGUUGUAUGAUUAUGAGCUCAUUGUUGGAGAUCAUGGGAAAAGAUUACUGGCAUUUGGUAAAUAUGCAGGGAGAGCUGGUCUUGUUGACUUCUUGAAUGGACUGGGACAGAGAUAUCUAAGUCUAGGAUACUCAACGCCUUUCCUGUCACUAGGUUCAUCCUAUAUGUAUUCCUCAUUGGCUGCAGCAAAAGCUGCUGUCAUUUCUAUUGGUGAAGAGAUUGCAAGCCAGGGACUCCCAUUAGAAACCUGCCCUCUUGUAUUCGUCUUCACCGGAACAGGCAAUGUUUCUCUUGGAGCGCAAGAAAUCUUCAGGCUUCUUCCUCACACUUUUGUAGAACCGAGCCAGCUUCCUGAACUAUUUGUAAAAGACAAAGGAGUGAACCAACAUGGAAAAUCAACAAAACGAGUCCAUCAAGUAUAUGGUUGUAUCAUUACCAGCCAAGACAUGGUUGAACACCAAGAUCCAUCAAUGUCUUUUGACAAAGCUGACUAUUAUGCACACCCGGAACACUACAAACCAGUCUUCCACAAAAAGAUCGCUCCCUAUACAUCAGUUCUUGUAAACUGUAUGUACUGGGAGAAGAGGUUUCCUCGUCUUCUCAGCAACAAACAGCUUCACGAUCUAACAUCAAAAGGAUGCCCACUAGUGGGAGUAUGUGAUAUCACUUGUGACAUCGGUGGCUCUAUUGAGUUUGUUAACCGAGCUACUUCAAUCGACUCCCCUUUCUUUAGGUUUAAUCCUGUGAACAAUUCAUACUACAAUGACAUGGAUGGUGAUGGUGUGCUAUGCAUGGCUGUUGACAUUCUACCCACAGAGUUUGCUAAAGAGGCAUCCCAGCAUUUUGGAGACAUUCUUUCCGAUUUUGUCGGUAGUUUGGCUUCCAUGACUGAAUUUGCAGAUCUACCGGGACAUCUGAGGAGGGCUUGCAUAAGCUACAAAGGAGAGUUGACAUCUCUGUAUGAGUAUAUUCCACGUAUGAGGAAGUCUGUUCCAGAAGAUGUAGAAGAUAACAUAGCCAACGGUGUGGUUUCUAACCAGAGAACAUACAACAUAUUGGUAUCUCUCAGUGGACACCUAUUUGAUAAGUUUCUGAUAAAGGAAGCUCUGGAUAUGAUUGAAGCGGCUGGUGGCUCAUUUCAAUUGGCUAGAUGUGAACAGGGACAGAGCGCUGAUGUUGAGUCAUACUCAGAAGUUGAAAUUGGAAACGUCCAGCAAGAAAAGGAGGUGAAAGAGAAGCAUGAGGAAAUGACCAAGAACUCUGCGGUAGACGUGUGUGUCGCCCCGCCGGCCUGCUGAAUUCUUAUCUUCAAGACGUUAAGGCUGACCCUGUGGCACAGAGCACCGGUUCAAGAACUUCUGUUCUUGAGAAUAUAGGUGGUUCUGCUAAUAUUCUUUUAACAAUCUCCAUGCAGAGGAGACAAAUAAGUGAAAAGAGUGUUGUUUUGAUACUAGUUAGCAAAUAAACACUUGUUUAUAUAUAUGCUCCUAUUGUGAUU